AUGCUUUCUUUAUUAUUCGCCCAACUAGCAGUAUCUAUUAGAGGACAAAAGAAAGAUCAGCACACAUUUGAUAUCCUUGAUUAUUCUGAUCAGAAGAACAAAGAAAUCAGCAUCAUCAAACAACUUGAAAUUAGAUUCGCCCAAGUUGAUCUUGGUAGUAAAAAUGCUUCAAAAUUUAUUAAAACAAUAGAUGAUAUGAAGGACAUUCUUGAACACUCAGUAGAAGUUGUAAACAAUGGUGAUCAAUAUACCGUUAUCAAACAAACAAUUAAAAAUAUUGCUUCUAAAGAACAAAGAAUUGAUUUGUCCACAGCUAUCAUGUUCGAUGAAGAUGAUAAAGAAGUUGAAACAUAUUAUAUUUCAAACUUUGGUAUUUAUCUUAAUUUACGUCUUACACAUACUAAAACAUGGGUUUUCCAGAACCAUCCUCUUGUUACAAACUAUAAUGAAUUAAGCUGGGGUAAAAAGACAAUGAGAUUCUUCACAGAUAAUUCUCGUUUUUUGAAAGAGGAUAAAGAAUACAAUACACUUUGGUUUGCAGAAUCCUGGACAAACAACUGGUUCCAACCAGGAGAAUCCAAAACAUUUUCAUUCAUGAUACAUGAUGAUGAUUAUCAACCACCAUUUUUAGAGCUUGACAAAUCUGUUAUUCGGCAUGAAUACUUCACAAAUCAAUCAAUCCAAAUCCAAGGUGCUUACUACACAAACAUAAUUUAUUCAGAUAUUUCCAUUCGCUACAGACUUUUUGAUUCAACAGGUAAGGUUGUUAUGGAAAAAAUACUUCAACAAGAUUCUGUAACUGAGGGACGCACAAAAUUCGAAUUUUCUAAGAAGAUCGAUCCAAUCACAACACCAGGAUCAUAUACUCUUGUAAUAAUAUCAUCAAAUGAUAAAUAUAAUUACACUUUAGAAUAUCCAAUUGAAAUUACAGUUGAUUAUCCAAAUGCAAAACCAAGAAUUAUAAUCUUUGAUCAAGAUAAAACAUACUUUAUUCCAAAUACUGAUGCAGUAUUCACAGCUUCAAUUACAGAUGCUAAUUCUGCUGAUAAGACAAUUGACACAAGAGUUUACUUUGAUGGAAAAGAAGUUUUUACUAAAGCAUUUCCAAACACAGCAGAUAAUAAGACAAUUUCAUUCAAGAUCCCAAAGGAUGCAAAGCCAGGAAUUCAUGAACUCAAUUUUACAGCAAGUGAUGGAAAGAAGGUUACAAUAACGACCCUUAAAAUUACUGUCAAGGAUAACACAGUAUUAUCAGUUGAUUUCGAACCAAAGCUCAAAGAAUCAUAUCACAAAGGAGAUAAAAUUUCAUUCAAUGCUUAUAUUGUUGAUCCAGAUACAAACACUGACACAAGCUUUAAGGUUUCUCUUUUAUAUGGUGAAACAUUCAAGCAGUCUAAGCACGUAGAGAACUUACAAGGCGAAAUGAGAAUUCCUUUAUCACUUACAAUCCCAGAAACAGAAACAUCUACUAAGGGAACGAUCACAGUAAAAGUUGAAGGACAAUACGAGUCUGUUAACAAAACACAUCCAUUCUCAAUCUUCCAAGAAGCUCAAACUGGCGAGCUUGCAUCAUCACAAAUCGCCAAGAAGGAAGCUAAAAAGAAGACUGCAUUAGUCGCAGUACUUAGCGUAUUUGUUGUUCUUGCAGUCAUUGUUGCCAUUGUUAUCGUUGUCUUAUGGCUCAGAAAAUAA